AUGACUACAACAAAUUCUUCCAUGGUCGAAAUUAUUGUAAUAUGUAUUUAUAAUUCCCUUCUGCCUUUUUUUCAGCGCGAUGUGCUCAUACUGGAACCAUCGGGUUCAGAUAUACUCAGCUGCGUGUCCAAGGGCAAGCGUGAGAAGGUGGAAUGCCGCAACCACAUACGCGUCAUACAGCCGAUGGACUCUGGGGCGCGCUUAUAUGUAUGCGGCACGAAUGCGCACAAUCCAAAAGACUAUGUGAUAAAUGUGAGUAUAGAUAAUGGGCGACCAUGAAAUUACACAUUGUACAUACAUAUAUAUGAAUGUCCUUAUAAGUAAGUAUAUCUACAUAGAUACAUGUACAUAUAUAUCGAAACAAUUUAACUAUUUCCUUGGAUAUUGUU